AUGGCCUCCACUAUUCGCCCCGUGUCCCCCGGUCCCUCUCCUAGCAAGAAGGCUGCUGCCGCCUUGUCGAAGUUCAACAUUACUACUCCCACCAAGCCAUCCAAGAAGGCUGCGAAAAUCAUCGACGAUGAAAAACAACCCGAGUCGCCCGACAGCUUCGACGAUGCCGACUUCUUUUUACACAAACCAGAGCCUAAGCCGGCUAAGGAGAUUGAGAAAGUCAAGGAGUCGACCGAGAGCAAACCAAAGGACAUGAGGGGCACGUACGUGGGCGAGGUUGACCUCCCUGAACAUAUGGAACCUCUCCUCCAGGAGUCCAAGCGUCGUUUCGUGCUCUUCCCUAUUCAGUACCAUGAGAUUUGGCAAAUGUAUAAGAAGGCUGAGGCAUCGUUCUGGACCGCUGAGGAGAUGGACCUGUCCAAGGAUCUCCAUGACUGGAACAACCGUCUGAACGACAACGAGCGCCACUUCAUCUCCCAUGUUCUCGCAUUCUUCGCCGCCUCGGACGGGAUUGUCAACGAGAACCUCCUUGAGCGUUUCUCCGGCGAAGUCCAGGCCGCAGAAGCUCGCUGCUUCUACGGUUUCCAGAUCAUGAUGGAGAACAUCCACUCCGAGACGUAUUCUCUACUCAUCGAUACCUACAUCAAAGACCCCAAGCAACGUGACUACCUCUUCGACGCAGUUGAGACCAUUCCCUGUGUCAAGCGCAAGGCAGACUGGGCCCUCACAUGGAUCUCCGACAAACGGUCUACCUUCGCCGAGCGUCUGGUCGCCUUCGCUGCCGUCGAGGGAAUCUUCUUCUCCGGCUCGUUCGCCUCCAUCUUCUGGCUGAAGAAGCGUGGUCUCAUGCCUGGCUUGACCUUCUCAAACGAGUUGAUUAGUCGUGACGAAGGCAUGCACACCGACUUCGCCUGCUUGCUUUUCCAGCAUUUGAAAAGGCGUCCGCACCCCGACACUGUCAAGGCCAUCAUCACUGAGGCCGUUGCGAUUGAGCAGGAGUUCUUGACUGAUGCACUGCCAGUGAAGCUGAUCGGUAUGAACGCAGAGCUAAUGUGCCAGUACAUCGAGUUCGUCGCCGAUCGCCUGCUUGUCGCUCUCGGCAACGAGAAGCACUACAACUCCACGAACCCCUUUGACUUCAUGGAGAACAUCUCCCUCCAGGGCAAGACGAACUUCUUCGAGAAGCGAGUAUCCGACUACGCUAAGGCCAACGUUAACCACACGAACACGCCUUCUGCGAAUCCUGAAUCCUCGAAGAACUUCACGCUCGACGAAGACUUCUAA